AAUAGCUUGUCAUCUUCACGGAGUAGACUGCAGGCCAGAGGCUGGAGUGCAGUGAAUGAAUCAGAAAGUGGUAGGAAGCAAAGUUGUGGGGCGGGGUGGGGGAGUGGAGCAAGGACAAGAUUGUAGUCCUUGAUAAAAUGAUUUUCAAGAGGCUUUAGCAAAGUAAUAGUUACUUGGACUCCGGAGCCAGUUGGUCUGGGUUUGAAUCCCAGCUGUACCCAGCAGUGGGAUCUUGGGCAAGUCAGUUAACCUUUCAAGACCUCCGUUUUCUCAUCUGGAAAAUGGGAAUAAUUAUUAGUAUACCUCCCUCACAGAGCUUUCUUGAGGAUUAAGUGAGUUGUUGAUGUAAGUAAAGACCUUUACUUCUGCUGGGUAUGUGGUAAGCGCUCUGCAAGAAUUAUCUGUAAUGGUUGUUACCCACAGUUCUGUAUCUGCUUGUGUCUGUUUCUCUCCCUGUAAUUGUGAUGUUCCCCUGGUUUCCAUCUUUCCAUAUCUUUCUCUCCGAAUGGGUUUUUCUUGAAUUUGGCUCCAUCCGCUCAGACUUCCUCUUCAAAUUCCUGGUGAUUGGCAGUGCAGGAACAGGCAAAUCAUGUCUCCUUCAUCAGUUCAUUGAAAAUAAAUUCAAACAGGACUCCAACCACACAAUUGGCGUGGAGUUUGGAUCUCGGGUGGUCAACGUGGGUGGGAAGACCGUGAAGCUACAGAUUUGGGAUACAGCUGGCCAGGAGCGGUUUCGGUCGGUGACACGGAGUUAUUACCGAGGGGCAGCUGGAGCCCUGCUGGUAUAUGACAUCACCAGCCGGGAGACCUACAAUUCACUGGCUGCUUGGCUGACGGAUGCGCGCACACUGGCCAGCCCCAACAUCGUGGUCAUUCUCUGUGGCAACAAGAAGGACCUGGAUCCGGAGCGCGAGGUCACUUUCCUGGAGGCCUCCCGCUUUGCCCAGGAGAACGAGCUAAUGUUCCUGGAAACAAGCGCUCUCACGGGUGAGAAUGUGGAGGAGGCAUUCCUGAAGUGUGCCCGCACCAUUCUGAACAAGAUCGACUCAGGUGAACUGGACCCCGAGAGGAUGGGCUCCGGCAUUCAGUAUGGUGAUGCCUCCCUUCGCCAGUUGCGGCAGCCUCGGAGUGCCCAGGCCGUGGCCCCUCAGCCCUGUGGCUGCUGAGACCUGCAGAGUCAGCUCACCUGCUCUCCAGGACCAGCCCUGUCCUUCCGUCUGGGGCCCAGACACAGGCCCUGGGAGGCCGAGCCCCUCACCUGCCCUGGCCCCAGAGAAGCUGCCCUGCCACCGGUCUCCCUUCCCUGGCCUGGUGGGGCCUGGCUGAGGGGCAAGACUGAGCCAUGGGGGAAGGGGGAUUCUCUCCGUGCCUGCUGCUGCUUCCUCUGUCUUGGCUAACCCUGUUUCCCCUGAGCCCCUAACUCCUCUUUGAGCAUACUCAGAGAGUUCACAAAGCCUGAGACCAGGGCCAUUUGGCCUCAGCAUCCCUGGCCCUGCCAUUGCGAGUACGUGUUAUUUAUUACCUGGAGGCCUGUCCUGUUCCAAUGCCCACCCCCCCCCCCAUAAAGCAUUGUUUACACCUGUG